AUGGAAUCGGCGGUAAUUGGAUUCUCUCCCGGAGACGCUUGUCGACUUGGUACGUUCUCCGGCGAACCGUUCCCCGGGAAGAUGAAAUGCCCUUAUCACCGCCUUUCCUUUCCUCUCGACAAGAUUAAAAAUAUUCAAAUUAGAGAUCCCAAUCCACAGGAAGAGAGAGAGCUCCGAAUCUCUGCAUCUAUGGAGGCUACGAAGGAAAGAGUUGGCCUGCUCGACAAGAUCCUCCCGCCGGCCUUGGCAGACGCCGGUCUCGAAGAUUGUGCUCUGCCUCCGGAAUCUAUACAGGAAGCCUUUCGCAAAGCCGCCGACGCCGUGAAGUCGCGCGCGGCCUCGCUUUUCGAAUUCGAGGAGGAAGGCGGUUGUGUAGCGGAUCCGGUGCCGGCAUCGAAGGGAACCGAGACGCUGCCCGUUCCGGGAGGUUCUGACACGAUCAUCGUGGGCGGGGAAAAUGGAAAGGAUACUGGGCCGUGUCUCACCGGAAAGGGUAAUGGAAAGUUAGCUGAAUCGAAUCCAGGCGGAGAUGAUUUGGUGGUGGCAGGCGAAGGAGGAGAAGGGAAGAGCUGCGGUGAUGGUUUGAAGGAUCUAGACGUUGAAGGAAUGGAGAAGAAGGAUCAGAGUGAAGAAGACGAAGAAGAGGAGAAGAAGCCGAUUUUAGUUGAAGGAUUUGUUUGA